UUAACAAUGCGCCUUACAGAGCAACAUUCUGGUGAAACUGUAUCAUCAAUGGGUCUCUACUCUUACGUUGUGAGAUUAAAGAAUAGGAGAAGAAUACAGAAAAAGGACAACAUUUACUGGUGGGGGGAUGUGAAAGCAAAACGAAAGAAGAAAGCAAAGGAGAUUGAACAGAGAUUGAAAGAGGCUGAAAAGAAAGAAAAAGAAGAAAAAGAAAAGGAGAUGAAGGCCUCACUGCCAGAUGCUGAACGUAAAAGGCUAGAACAGAUGGUAGCACAACAGAAAUUGGACGAUGUACCAGAGGAUGUUCGGGAAGCAAUAAGACAGAUGGACGCUACAGAAAAUGCACAAAUCAAUAAAGAGCAAGAAGAGAAGCAGCUACCUCCUGAGGUCGUAGACUGGGAGGAGAGCAAAGUAUACAAAUUUAUGGACCAGGACACCAAGAGGAGAGUCCAGAAAUACUGGCAAAAUGCACCAUCAGGAGUAUACUUCUGGGAUGGAAGACAGUAUGGAGCACAAGUUUCAAGACAGGAUUUAAAAGACAUGAUCAUGGACGAACCGAUAGCAAGCAAUUGCAUCGAAUGUUAUGGAAUUCUCUUGACUGAUCAGCUGUUGGAGAAAGAAUCACAAGGAUUGGAUGUCCCAACUUUUAUGAAUCCCUUGUGCUGGAAUUCUGCAGAAAAUUUGACGGUGUAUUAUGUACAUCUGUACCUAUGCGAACCACUGUUCCAGAAUCUGGCAAGAUCCAACUAUAUAUUGUUCCCAAUCUCACAUGAAUCAGGAUUUCAUCAUACACUGCUCAUUUUUGACAAGGAAUUAAAGAACUGGUACCACUGUGAUUCAAAAAGACCGAAAAAAUCAUCAACUGGAAAAUCCUUUAAAAAUGUACAAAAAAUGGUUGACAUGGUAGAACUUUGGAUGACAGCAGUAAAAGAACAAGCCGAUGACAUGCUGGAACAGGGAUGCAGAAUGAAAUUUGAUGAAAAGAACAGUUCAGAAGAAGAACUGAAAAUGAUGGAAGUUCCAUUGACUGAAACCGAGAGAGAAAGCAUAAAGUGGAUCAAGAAUAACUAUAAAACAAAAAUGGCAGUGACAGAACUCAAAGACAGCCCUCAGCAAGGAGAAGAUUCAUUGGAUUGCGGACUUUUUGUAAUGUACACAAUGGAGACAAUUUCGAAAAAAGGGAGAGUUCCAAAGAAGCUCACAAAGGAUGAUAUUUUGAAGUUUAGAGCUCAUGUUGUAAAGUCAUUUGCAGAAAGUAGGCACAGCUGGAACUCAACACAUGAAGAAUCGUAGAAAUUUGUUUAGGGAAUAGGAUAGGUUAUAUAGUUUUUUCGAAUUGAUUCAUCAUAUAUAUCCAUUCAUUUGUUCAAUCGGAAUUUCAAUUUUUUAAUA